CCGGCCUGUUUGGUGUGCCCGGGCCACCCGCUAUUCCUCUGGGACCCUCCCCGAGCUUGGCGAGGCCCCGGGCCAGAGACCGCACGCCGGCUGGCGGCCGCGCCUUCCCAACCAAAGCCGCCCCCCAUGCCGCAUCUUGUCUAGCGCCGUACGAACACCAGAAUGGUUUUGCACGUGCCUUUCGCUUCUUUUGUAUGAGGGGCUUCGCCGCGGCCCAGCAAAAAAAACCCGGGGGUCCGCGGGCGCGGCGGAAAACACACCGCCCGAAUGCGGGUGCCGCGGGGCAAGGCGUUGGUGAAAACAUCGCUCCUCUUCCGCGCCCAAGCGCAACGUCGCCAAAAAGAAGUAGCAAAUCCUUAGUCUCAGGGCUGGGCGCUUCUUUGGUGCCGCCGCCGGGGUGGGGUGGUUAG